AUGACGUCCAACACUCCACCCUGGAAAGCACUCUUCUUCGAUGUGUUCGGCACUUGUGUAGACUGGCGUAAAUCGGUUACAGACGAACUAUGGGCAAAGGCACGAGAAGCUCUCGACUCGCCAUCUUCAUCCAUAGCAAGCCGUAUCCGGAUGGGUGCCUCCGAUAUGACAUACAAACAAUGGGGUGAUCUAGCACAGUGGCGCAAUGGCUACCUGAAGUUCACCCGAGAAGUAGCCAAUAAUCCCAACCCGACUGAACCAUACAAGACUGUCGACGAGCAUCAUUUGGAGUCUCUUCGUAACAUCCUGACCAACCGAGGACUUCUCUUUCCACGCGAGGACAACACACCUGCUAAGCUCGUGCAUGAUGGUUCGCUAUGGGACGAAGCACAGAUACAGGAUAUGAGUAUGGUCUGGCAUCGUCUAGCACCGUGGCCAGACACCUGUCAGGGCAUAUCAGAUCUCAACAAGAUGUUCUCUACUGUCACUCUGAGCAACGGCAACUUGACACUCCUCAACGACAUGUGUAAGCAUGGCAAUAUGCAAUUUACGCACAUCUUCUCCUCUGAGAUGUUCAAAUCUUACAAGCCUAGUCCAAAGGUGUAUCUCGGAGCCGCAGAGAAGCUGGGUCUCAAGCCGGAGGAGUGCGUUAUGGUUGCGGCACAUCUGGACGAUCUCAAGGCUGCGAAGUCGAACGGCUUUGGUACCGUGUACUUGGAGCGGCCGCAAGAAGAGCGGCACCCAGAGCUGCGGGAUGCAGGUUUCGUGGAUGUGUGGAUCAAGGAGGACGAGGAUGGCUUUGUGGCGGCGGCAGCAAAGUUGUCACAUAUAAUUAGGCAGUAG